AUGGAUUACCUCACCGCCACGGGCAACCACAGCAACGCCACCGGGGGCUACCCGCCAGGGGCGCAGGUGGUCGCGGACUGGCUGGGCUCCGACAACGGCACCGGUUCUGCAGGGUUCUCCCCUCACAUGGAUCUGGGUUACCAGGUCCUCACCUCCCUGCUCCUGGGGGCCCUCAUCUUGUGCUCCGUGUUCGGCAACGCGUGCGUGGUGGCCGCCAUCGCCCUGGAGAGGUCCCUCCAGAACGUGGCCAACUACCUGAUCGGAUCCCUGGCCGUGACGGACCUCAUGGUGUCGGUGCUGGUGCUGCCCAUGGCGGCCCUGUACCAGGUUUUGAGCAAGUGGACUCUGGGCCAGGGCGUCUGCGACGUGUUUAUCUCCCUGGACGUGUUGUGCUGCACGUCCUCCAUCCUGCACCUGUGCGCCAUCGCGCUGGACCGCUACUGGGCCAUCACGGACCCCAUAGACUAUGUCAACAAGCGCACCCCGAGGAGAGCCGCGAUCCUCAUCAGCGUCACCUGGCUGGUGGGCUUCUCCAUCUCCAUCCCGCCCAUGUUGGGGUGGAGAAGCGCGGAGGACCGCGCCAACCCGGACGAGUGCAUCAUCAGCCAGGACCCGGGCUACACCAUCUACUCCACCUUCGGGGCGUUCUACAUCCCCCUCAUCCUCAUGCUGGUCCUCUACGGGCGGAUCUUCAAGGCGGCUCGCUUCCGGAUCCGGAAGACGGUGAGGAAAGAGAAAGUGAAAGCCGACAGGUGCUUGACUUUGUCCCCGGCGGAGGCGACCAGGCCGUGCGUAAACGGCGCCGUGCAGUUCGGCGACGAGGGCGAGUCCCUGGAGGUGGUGGAGGUGAGCAGCUCCAAGAGCCACCUGGCCCUGCCCAACACGCCGCAGUCGUCGUCGUCGCACGAAAACCUCAACGAGAGGAACUGCGGCGCCAAGCGCAAGUUGGCCCUGGCACGGGAGCGCAAGACGGUGAAGACGCUGGGCAUCAUCAUGGGCACCUUCAUCUUCUGCUGGCUGCCCUUCUUCAUCGUGGCCCUGGUGCUGCCUUUCUGCGCCGAGAGCUGCUUCAUGCCGGACUGGCUGGGCGCCGUCAUCAACUGGCUGGGCUACUCCAACUCCCUGCUCAACCCCAUCAUCUACGCCUACUUCAACAAGGACUUCCAAAGUGCUUUCAAGAAGAUAGUCAAGUGCAAAUUCCACAGGCCGUGAGCGCGGCGCCACGACGUUAGGUACACCUGGCAGAGAGUCACAUGUGGCGUGUUGACAUGUGGGGUCAAAUGUUGUUUACGCAGCGCAGCGCCCCCUGCAGUUGCCUUGUUGAACUUGCAGGUACAGAGGGACACACAUUUGACUGACAAGAGGUAAUCAUUUAAAUGUUUUUAUUUAUUUUUUACUUCCUUUAAUUUUUACUUUGGGUAAUAUAUUUUUCAUUUAAUACUGCUCAAUUCGUAUAUGUUUGGUAACUCUUUAGUAUGGGGAACAAAGACUUAAUUAAGAGUUAUUUGGACAAUAGGGGAACAAAUUGUAAGUAACAAAGACUUAAUUUAGAGCAGGGGUGUCCAAAGUGCGGCCCGGGGGCUAUUUGCGGCCCGCAGCUAAUUGUUUAGCGGCCCGCCACACAUUCUGGAAAUGCCAUUGCAAAAAUCAAAAAAACAUUAAAAAAGUGGAUUGAGGUGAAAUCUAACUAGAAAAAGUUGCAAUGUUGACACA